CUGAGGACUGAAGAAGACCAGACUAGCGUCUUUGUUGUUCUUCAUCAACGUCCGCCCGAGCUUCUAAGUUUCCCCGCAAUCAGAUGACCAAAGUAUCGGUGUUUCAUCAGCAAUGGGCACUUCCUUUCUCUAUUCGGCCUUUGCGCAAGUUUCCUUCUUGUUUGGUUCAUUCUCGUCUCAAAUUUGGUUUGGGUGAUGCUGAGUAUCCUACUCUUACGACUACCUUUGUUGCUUCCGCUUCUUCAGCUCCUUUAGUUAGUGGCUCAGGAGCCGAAAGUUCUGGGCCAUUGUUGGAUACCGCAACAAAGAAGAAAAGGAAGGGGAUAGCUGGCAUAGAUCAAGAUGAAUUAGUAGAUCCAAAGCUUUUAGCUGAUCCAGACAGUUGUUUUUGUGAGUUCAAAGGCGUACACAUACACCAUAAGAUAUAUGAUGGGGAAUCUCAAGCGCAUAGCAUGUUCCAGAAUCAGACUCUUUCCCAGCUCCCUCAUAAAACUAAGGGGCUAGGUUUUCCUAUGAUUCUGUUGCAUGGCUUUGGAGCAUCAGUUUUCUCAUGGAAAAAGGUUAUGAAGCUUUUAGCUGAGGUUUCUGGUUCAAAAGUUCUUGCUUUUGACAGGCCAGCCUUUGGAUUGACAUCGAGAGUGAAUUUUUCUUCAGGAACUGAUGUCUCAAAAUCUUUAAAUCCAUACUCAAUGGUGUUUUCAGUGCUUGCUACCUUGUACUUCAUUGAUCUAUUAAAUGCUGACAAGGCGAUCCUGGUGGGGCACUCAGCUGGAUCACUUGUAGCAGUUAAUACAUAUUUUGAAGCUCCUGAACGCAUUGCUGCUCUAAUUCUUAUUGCCCCAGCAAUUUUAGCCCCGCUUAGCGUACCUAGAAUUGCUGAGAGAAAUCAAGUGAGAAAAGAUAACGAAAUGAAAGAAAACAACAAUUUUCCUACCAGAGCAAAUCCAAUUUCUGGGCUUUACAAGGUUUUGUCCAUGAUCACCAAAUACAUUUCAGAAGCAAUAACCAAGAUGAUGAAGGGGAUGAUAAAUAUGCUCAACUCUCUGUAUAGGAAAUUUUUGUCAGCCGUCCUGCAUACUGCUCUUGCCACAACUGUGGUAAGGAUGGUGAUUGAUAAAUUUGGUAUUGCUGCUGUUCGAAAUGCAUGGUAUGAUCCAAAUCGGGUGGAUGAACAUGUUAUUGAUGGUUAUACAAAGCCAUUGAGGACUAAAGAUUGGGAUAGGGCGCUGGUUGAAUUCACAGCAGCAACGCUUCUGGAUGAGGAAUCUAAAACAAAGCCCCCAGUGACUCAAAGACUUCAUCAGAUAUCCUGUCCUGUUCUGAUCAUCACUGGUGAUAAUGACCGACUUGUUCCUUCAUGGAAUGCUGAAAGACUUGCACGAGUCAUUCCAGGAUCAACCCUUGAAGUAAUUAAACAAUGUGGCCAUUUGCCCCAUGAAGAAAAAGUUGAGGAGUUUAUGGCUGCAGUGGAGAAGUUCCUGCAGAGAUUAGUUGGUGCUAAUUCAAGUGAGCAAAACCUUCAAUAUGCAAAAUGAAAUUUCGCCCACUGAAGCUUCAAUUUUCCUCCUUUGAAGAUCUAUAGAAUGUUGGGGAACAAAGCAGAUUGAUUAUGCCAUCGGAUCGCAGUAAACUCGUUGAAUUCAUUUGUUAUGAUUACUGCUCAUACUAAAUCCAGCAAUCAUGAUGAUCUUUGUACAGCUAGUGAUAAGUUUGGGUUGGGGAAACUUGUGUAUAAGCGGGAAAAAAAGAAGGAAAAUGUAACUUCCACCCCCAUUGAAAUAUUUUGUACGUACUAAAAUAAAAUACUCUUAUGAUUUCUGCAUGUUGGCAUUCUGCAGCAAGAUUUGUGCAAGCCAUUAGAUGUGCUACGAAUACAUGAGACCUCUAAUGCAACGCAAAUUGUGUUCAUUUGUCA